AUGGCUUUUGGGGGUUGCCCACCACUGGAGGGGCUCACUACUACCGAGUGGCAGACCCUGACGGACACUCCUUCUUGCACCGAAUCAUCCACCGUCUACUCGACAUUCUCAUCCUGUCUUGUCGGCACAGACUCCAAUGGAGGCACUCAAACGUCGAGCUGCAUGAGUACGGUCUCGCCGAUCGUUGGGUGCGAUGUCACCGGGGGCGCGACCAAGACUCUCUCAACCACCAGUAAAGCUGGUGGUUGUACGCUGGCGCCUUUGAUUUGGGGGGAAGAUGAAGGGAUCAACUCGGGGCUUUCUAAAAACGUUAGCGUCAUGACUACUGGAAUUCCGAUACCCUACCUCGAGAUGAUGCCCAAUGCGACCAGCAGCGGUGGAUCGUGUCCCUGGAGUCCGCUCAUCAUCGAGGACGACGACGGAGACAAUUUCAACGACACCAUAGUCAUUCCGACCCUCUUCAUGAAAAAUGACACCAGCGGUAGAUCAUGUCCCUGGGUUCCCCUCGACAUCAAUGAUGCCGAAGGUGACAACCCCCAGAAUGGUACCAUUGAAAUCCCGACACUCUUCAUGAAGAACGACACCAGCGGUGGAUCAUGUCCCUGGGUUCCCCUCGACAUUAACGAUGCCGAAGGUGACAACCCUCAGAACGUUACCAUUGAGAUCCCGACCCUUUCCAUGAAGAACGACACUAGUGGAGCAUCGUGUCCUUUAAGUCCCCUCAGUAUCAACGAUGACGAAGGGGAUAACUUCUCGAACAGUACCAUCUUAAUACCUUCACUGCCGAUGAAGACGGGCACUAUAUCCAUCCCAGUGCUCACGAUGAAGACAGACACCAUCUCCAUCCCAGUGCUCACGAUGAAGACAGGCACCAUCGCCAUCCCAGUGCUGACGAUGAAGACAGACACCAUCUCCAUCCCAGUGCUGACGAUGAAGAAAGACACCAUCUCAAUCCCAGUGCUGACGAUGAAGCACGAUGUGACUAGCAUAGGGAAGCCCGUAGCUCCAACUCUUGCGCACGAGACGAUUACCGAGCAGAAGAUAGCACCGACACUGUCGCAAACCGCCCAUCCGACACCCUCGGCUACAUCAACGGAAGCCCUCGGGCCCAGACCAAUCCAGGCUGGAGGCAAGUGGGAGAUCAUGAUCGAGCAAAAAGUAAGCGACUUGCAUUGGAGGUUGUUCGAUCCGGCCCAGAAUGAGGCCGGACGCGGCGAUGAUAGUCUGCCGAUACAGUGCUUUGGACGUCCCCAGAAAGACUGCUUUCCGUUCGACAUCGAGUUCACUGUCGACAAAAAGGACGACAAUCCGGUCGACUUCGAGAUUAUGAUAGAUCUCCCGAGCGGACGGCGUCUCAAGUUUAACGACCUGCAAGCCAAUGCGGAUCUGCCGGAAGACGGGUACCCAAGCGAGAGCUACGGCUGCAAAGACGACAGUCGCAACGUCCGCAAUGGCGCUUCACAUCGGAUAUUUUGGUGCUACUUCGAGUGGCUUGGUGCAGGCGGUUGGGAUGGUCAGAGCGACGGGCCUGUUCCUAAGGAUCUUUGA